AUGUCGGUAUUCUAUAUAUUUGCAGCACCUAUUUCUCUUCAUUCGCAAGCCUCGUCUAUUAUAAAGUUCAAUGGGCUUAAUUUUCAUGAAUGGAGUGAACAAAUUCAAUUUCACCUAGGUGUUUUGGAUCUUGAUUCAGCACUCUUAUAUGACAAGCCCGUUGCUAUUACUGAUUCUAGCAAUGAUGAUGAAAGGUUUUUUCAUAAUGCUUGGGAAAAAUCAAAUAGACUUAGCUUAAUGUCCAUGUGUAUGAUGAUAGCAAACAACAUUAAGUCCACAAUUCCUAAGACUGAUAAAGCAAAGGAAUUUAUGAAAUUUGUGGAAGAUCUCUCGCAAUCUGACUCUGCUGAUAAGUCAAUUGCAGGGACAUUAAUGGGUACGUUGACCACCAUGAAGUUCGAUGGUUCUCGUACCAUGCAUGAGCAUGUCACUGAAAUGACAAACACAGCAGCAAGAUUGAGAUCUAUGGGAAUGGAAUUGAGUGAAAGUUUCCUUGUGUAG